CGGUCGCCAUGCCUCGGUCGGCGUAGAGGCCACAGGACCGGCACGCUGGCGGGGUACACGCGGCACGUGUACGCGGGCGGCGCCGGCGCGUACCAUGCGCGCGCGUCCGCCGUACCGCUCAACGCAAAUGGCGAGCCCAUCAAGUUACCAGAAAACCUGGAGAGCCUCCCGCGGGCGGAGCACUUCGCCGCCCAGCGACACCGGUGGAACACUAACGAGGAAAUCGCAGCCAUCCUAAUAAGUUUCGACAAACACAGCGAAUGGCAGUCCAAGGAAGUCAAAAUAAGACCGAAAAGUGGGUCGAUGCUUCUGUACAGCCGCAAGAAAGUUCGCUACCGACGCGACGGGUACUGUUGGAAGAAGAGGAAAGACGGGAAGACCACUCGAGAAGACCACAUGAAGCUCAAGGUGCAGGGGACUGAGUGCAUCUACGGCUGCUACGUCCACUCCGCCAUCCUGCCGACCUUCCACCGAAGAUGUUACUGGCUUUUACAGAACCCUGACAUCGUGCUGGUCCACUACCUGAACGUGCCAUACCCAGAUGACAACAAGCUGGCGACGGUGGCGCCCAGCCUCGCGCUGUGGGCUGACAAGAAGGAGUGGACGAAGGAUGAACUCGUUAGCCAGUUGAAGCCUAUGUUCUUCAGUGAAGAUGAGCCAGAUCUUAACAGCGACUUGGAAAUUUCGGGGAAAAUGUUUCAGACGACGGAGACGGUGGAAGCAAUUGUCGGUCAACUCAUGGAGAAGCAACGAGCUGCCAGAGCGGCAGCGUUAGCGAGGCAGUUGGAGUGUGGAUGCCCUGACUCCACCUGUCAGGAUUCCAGGACAUGUGCUCACCCGUUACGACGUAUCCAAACCGCCAAACCACCUGCUUCUGAUCACCACGUGUCGUCCACCACAGGCCCGUCUCCGAGACCCAUGGCGCAACCACCACGACAGUACACGAGAGACCAUCGGCAAACCACACAGUCGUCACCUUUACUCCUCUCUUUAGGACAAAUACAAGGAGGUGGAGGUUUACUUAUUCUGAACGGUACUAGCAAUAGUUCGCAACAACAUUCUUCCUUAGUGUCACCACUAUCAGUAACGUCGUUCGUCUGCGAAGAGCCAAGAGACAGGUACCGGCAACAGUAUAAACCGACGUUUGUUCUAAAAAGGGAGAUACCAGAUAGUCAGCAGAACACGCAUAUGAAUAACACAGAGCCGACGUAUGAAGUAGAAAGGGUGGAAGAGAAAGUUGAAGUCGAUACUUUUGAUAGGAAAAUAAAAUUGGAGCCAAGGAGUCGGAACCACAUAGUUGCGAGUGCGCCCACGACGCCAUCCCGGUAUCCAGAUUUGGUGGAACGAUUAGAGAGUAAACUUCAUACAGAACAUUGUGAUGAUACAUUAGUUUUAUUAGGAACCGAUGGCCAUUUAGAAUCUUCUAGUGGGUUCUUUGAUGAAACGCUGGAACUAUCUCAUGAGGAUAUUCAGAAAACUUUGUCGGCGAAUAUGCCGACGUGUGAACUAGAUAGAAGUGCUGUGCGGUCAACUGAGACGGCCAAUGUGAUGGUUUCAGGAAUAGAUACAAUGGACUUUAUAGAAAGUUGUGAAGCAGUAGCAUCGCCUACUCACGUAGUUGAUGAUAAUGUGUUCGUUAAUUUGGACGCUUUUGAUAUGCUUGGUGAUUUUCCUGAACUGGAAGUGUUAGAUCCUAGUACUAUAUCAACGAAUCCUAUACUUUUAUGUGGUAAUUCACCGCCUGCUGAAGAGGGAAACGACAAGAUGCAAACAGAUAGUCCAGGUGAAGGCACCCUGAGUAUUACGGACUAUUCGCCGGAGUGGGCGUAUCCUGAAGGUGGCGUGAAGGUGUUAGUGGCUGGACCUUGGACGGAUACGUCGGAUCAGUACACGAUUCUAUUUGAUAAUUUUCCGGUGCCCUCAAUAUUAGUACAGAACGGUCUUCUUAGGUGUUACUGUCCAGCUCAUGAAGCAGGUCUUGCAGCAUUACAAGUAGCUAGAGGAGGUCGCGUAGUAUCUGACACGGUUGUGUUUGAAUACAAAGCCGGCCCGGUCUUAGCACCGUCAUCACCCGCGUCUGCGCCGCUGCCGUCGCUGGAUUUUAGGAGGUUCUCGCUUUUGCAGCGGCUGCAGCGGCUGCAUGGUCGACUGCAAUUGAAGAUUGAGCCGCUGGAUGAUAAUAGCCAGAUUGAAGACGUGCAACUGUACUCAAAUCCAAAAUUCGAAGAUCGCUUGGUGACGUUUUGCCAUUCCCUAAGCUCACGAUCCUUUGGCAACUCUGAAGGUUUCACCACAGAACCUGGUGAAGAUAGCUCAACAAUUCUUCACUUAGCUGCAGCGUUGGGAUAUACGAAGCUUACUACUGUUUUAUUGCGAUGGAGGCAAGAUGACAACAGCUUAGCGUUAGAGAAGGAGGUUAAUUUGGGUGCAAGGGACAGCGAUAAUUGUACUCCCUUGAUGGUAGCGAGCGUUGAGGGUCACGUGGAGACAGCAGUGGUGUUGGCUCGAUGGAGCGCCGGCACGCGGCGCGAGGCAGGCGCGCGCGCAGCCGCCGCGACCGCCCGCCGCGCGGGGCAUUCCCGCCUCGCCGCCAUCCUCGACCGCAUCCAUCCGCCCACUGGGGACGGUGUGUUCCGGAGACCUCAUAGUUUAUCCCAAAAGAGCCGGUCGGGCAGCUUGGAGAGUAACCUCGUCAAACGGCCAUCCAUUGACAGCGGUAUCAAUAUGGCUGAUGCGUUUCGAUCAAGCUCUGCCAUUGACAAGUCUGAAACUUCUUCUGCAAGGUGGGAAAGAAGCAUGUCCCUACCCCUUGAUUCUGAUACGUCAGAAGACAGUCUCGGAGAUUCCAAAAUUGGGAGACGUAUGGACCUUGCUCUCUGCGAGACGGCUGCGAGGCGCGCGGCCAGCCCUCUGAUAGACGUCGAGGCCAUCUCAGAACCACCGUCGCCCGCGCCCGACCCGCCCGCUGCAGGGGAGCAGGAUGACCGGGUGUUCACGUUGGCAGAGCAAAUAAUCGCUGCUAUGCCAGAGAGGAUAAAGAACGAAAGCUCGUCUCUUCUAAACGGCUGCGAUUUGGACAGCGGUGCCGGUGGCAGCGAAGACACCCUGAUGGUACCACUUCUGGACGACACCACCACUUUUAGCAGCGAGUUCAGCUUCGAGUUUUGCGACAACACUUAUAGAUAUUGCGGUGGAUCUACUCCAUGCUCAUCAGGGUCGGUAUCACCUGGAUCAGCGUUGUCUCCACCACCAGCGUCGCCAAGAAAUGCUCUGCCAACCUCAUCUGCAACUCUGCAAGAGUUUUUGAAUACUACCACACAUUUCUCAAGUCUUACUCUUAAUGAUCGUGAGCAACGCGAGCUCUACUCAGCGGCCAUAACGAUUCAGAAGGCGUACCGGCAGUACCGCGGCCGGCAACUGCAGCGACGCGCCGCGGCUGCUGCCAUCACCAUACAGAAUUGUUACCGAAGAUACAAACAGUUCGCAUACCUGAAGCAGAUGCACGCGGCCGCAACAGUGAUCCAACGCGGCUACCGCAUGCUGAGAGAGCGUCGUCUUGCCACCACGCCCAUCAAACGGACAUAUUCCCAAAGACGUCAAAAUCAGGCAGCGAGAAAAAUUCAGCAAUUUAUGAGGCAGUCCAAGAUCAAGUUACAGAGAGAACGAGCCGCAAGCGGGAAGGUGGCCCGGCUCUCCCCGGGUGCCCGCCAAAACUCGUCGCAGCCCACCACCAGUACACCACCCACGCCUAAUAGAAUCAUUGACUACUUAGCACCUGAAUCACCGAUGGACGCAGAUGAUGACCUUCUUCUCGAGCUUCUGUUUAAAAUGUGACCUGACCCUGAACAUCAAUUUCACACACAACAUUCCACUAAAAAAUGCUUCUUUAACUUCGUGUUUCGGUUAAAUAGUUAUUAUAGUCAAAAGUUUUGGAAAAUUGUGCUAUAUUUCGCAUGCAUCAGAAUUCUCAAAAUUAUUAUUUAAUACAUCUUAUGCAUUAUUUGUAAGUAUACAAUAACUGCCAGUGUCAGGAUAACUAAUUUGGUUUUCGGGCUUCACUCAAAUUUCUAACAUCGUUAUCUAAUUGCGUUACAAGUUAAAAUAGAAACUUAAGAACCAUCGGUUUAAAGAUUAAACACACGACUGCCUUCAUUUAGUCAUUUAAAAUCUACUAUCCUACCCUACAAUACAAUUUUCAAACAGGUUAAACGGAGUUGUGACAUAGCUCGGCCUUGAAUUUUAAAGUUAUUUCUAUUAUUUAUAAAGUGCCCUCGUAUUUCCCGUAGGGUUUUCGAACCGUUUCAAUUUCCUAUGCAAUAUUUUUCACAAAAUCUAUCCUUGCAUGUUUGAUUAGAACAUCUCGUUGAUAUUCAUUCGAUCUUCUUAGAAACGUCUUCUUCAUAUUUGGCCUUAAUUUCGUAUUUGCGUUUAACUCUUCAGGUCAUAGACAGGGUUAUAUUUAGUAUAAAUUUUAUCGUAUUUGUAUUAUAUUUUCAUAACGUAUUUUUGAGAAAUUUGUUUAGGGUGUUUAUUGGAAUCAUAUUUUUGAAAAACUCUAAAUUGAAUGUAAAGUAAUUUUCUUAGAUCAUCUUUAAUAUUGGCAACAUUAAAAUUUUGAUCUUCAUUGACGGCACUACAAGUAAUAAAAGUACUGUUUAGUGCAUUUACUAAAAAUUUGGAAAAUGAUAAUUGUUUAAGUUAACCCGCUUUCGAUGCAAGGUUUUGAGAUUGAGCAGAUCUUGAAUUUCUUAGCUCUACUAAUAAUUUUCACGGUGGAAUUAAAAGUAAGUAGGUUAAGUACAAAUUCAAAUUAUUAAAAGCCACUGUUCUUAUAAAGUAGAUGCACCUAGCGUAUAAUUCAAUAAACCCGACGAGCUGUGAGUAUUUUGAGAUUUUAUCGUAUUUAAGAAAAAAAUACUUAGUUUUACUAUUGGUCUAACUAAAGUUUACCAUAUAGGUUUCAUUCCAGCCUAAAUAGGUUAAUUCUUUUAGUCUAUGCAAUGAAACGUUUAGACGGUCGACAAGCAAGUAUUGGUUCUCAGUAUUCCUCUAGUCUUUACAUCGGAAUAAACAUCUUUAUUUUCUUUGUACCGUCUGUUUCCUCUUCGCCCUUGUUGACUCAGUUUCAAAGAUUACGAUAUAUUUAUUUAUUUACAUCAUCCAUUUCCCUACCCCUAGUUCCUACUUCAAUAACUAUUAUACUACUUAAUGAAUUAUCGAUACAACUCUAACUUAGUUCAUUAGAUAGAAAACUUUUGGUUUCUAGAUCCUCGAUAAAGCUAAAGCCAUACUAAUCUAGCGUUCAUGAAAAAAUAAGGUUGUGCACCAUUUAAUAUAGAAAUAACUACCUAAAUAUUCCCUUUUUCUGAAUUCUCUGAUAUUUUAACGUAGACGAUAUAGAUAAUAGAUUAAGAUAUUAGAAGUAAUCAUAGCUUAACCAUAAGACGACGUGCUGCCGUCGAGAUAUUUUCGAUUCGUAUUUUUAUAAAGCAAAAGUUACGAAUGACUAUGAUUGCUUUGCUUGUGCAGGGCCAUGGAAAAGAUUCCUUACUUGAUUUGUAUACAACCAAUCGUUUCCUCAUCUUUAUCUAAUUCAAAACAAAAAUCUAUAGGCUUUAUUUACCUUCAUUUUCUGUCAGAUGGAUUAAAUCCUUUUCCAAGUUACUUUCAUCAUCUUUAAGUCUUGCAUCCCUUACUGGUUUUUUAAUUUAAAGAAGACUUGAAAGGCCCGGAGUUGUCAUAUGAAAAGGGAUGCUUCUGUAUUAUUAUCAUGUCCAAAAUCAUUUGAUAGAAUCGUCGGGUUGAUGGAACUUUUGUGGUUUGAAACUUUUGCGAUAUCGAGACACGUAUAUUUAAAAGUUUGGAUAUGUUAACAAUGCGCCAGCACUGUUAGAAGUAAAUAAUGAAUGUAACGCGACGCAGUUCGAGAAUAACCGUCCAGUUGAGGCGGCUUUUGCACCCUCUGGUGGCGUAGAGGCAAAAGUCGCAUACAAGCGAAAACAACAUUUACGACUUUGUCUAUAGAGACGCGGUUCGCUUGCGAGGCACGGGGCACCCGAGGGCGCACGAAUGCAACAUGUACAUUUUAUAUUUUUGGAUUGCUAACUUUAAGAUGUUAUAUUUAUAUAUGUAUAUGUAGUGAUGGCGGAUACGAAACCAGUAUUUCGAGAUGUAUUGCGCCAAAAGUUUUGAUGUAUUCAUUUUCCAAUAAAAAUUCUCUCGUUUUUCGUUUUCGGAUGAAUAGUUCGUUUAGCUAGUGGUCAUGUAUAUAUAUUUUUGGAUAACGUGCACGAUUGCUUUCGGAACGCCGAUAUACAUAGGGGGCAACCUAAACAUGACGGUGAAAACUAUUUUUAAUGGUAACGCAGAACCUCUGAUAGCAAUAAUAUUUUUGUGGUGAAAAUGACUCCGAUUUAUAGAAAAAGAGUAUUUUAUUAUGCCACGCAAUCGUCACAAACAGUUGAACUAUAGAAUGCUUUUAGUGCUACCGUAAAAUGUGCUCCGAUUUCAACAAAAAAGACAAUGGCAUUAUGUAAUUUACUAAAGACAAUUUAAGCGAUUAGUUAUAUUGGCUCGAAGAGUAAUUUAGUGCAAUAAUUGAUUUAGGCAAAUCGAAGCAAUUUUCUUAGAGAGUAAUUAUUAUAUAAUUUAGCAAAUUAUAGUUAGCCAUUUUUUUCUUAGUGCCAUAAAAACUAAUUUUAGAAAGGUUUACAGAUGCGCAGAUGAAGAAUAACUAGGCCGAUGUUAAUAGUGGUUUUAGCAUUUUGUAAUAAAAUAAAAAUGAUAAUUUAAAAAAUCGUUCGGAGCACAUCUUUAUGGCACGCGAUAGUGAUUGACCACAGCUAAAAACAUAGUGCACUAGAUGUAGUACUAGUUAGAUGAAUUACUACUUAUAUAAAUGAAAUAAAAAAAAAGAAAUCUUGAAAUCUAUACAUAGAAUUUAAAUUUAAAAAUUUAACUAAUACUUUUUAUUAUUAUUAUAUAAGAAGCUUGUUCACACAUUAUAAAUCAUAUUUAGGAAGUACAGUUAAGUAUAAAGAAUUGAGAUGGGUAAACGGGAAUGGAACGAUUUGAAUAGUGAGACUAAGAUUUGAGGUUGGAGUUUGAACUUCAUAAUUUUUGGGUAGGCUACUUUGUUUCAUAAUUUUAUUGUUUACAUAAAAUAUACAUUAAAAUGUCAUCUUCUUCGAAUUCAGUUGAUUUUUUUAGUUUUUGCUCAGUUAGUUUACCUCCUAUUAAUUAUACUAUUAAUUAAUUACUAUUAAUUUAAUUGAAUACCUACCUAAUUAUGUCUAUCCUACCUAUUUACUAUGUGCUUAUUUACUAAAAAAAUUGUAAACAAAACGAUUUAUAAUUAUGAAAUAUGUCAUCAAUUGUUUUCUAUUUUUGAGAAAUUUUAAAUUCUACUAUAGAUAUUUUAUGUAAACACAAAAGUUAUGUAUUUGUAAAAUUAUUUUCAUUGUUUACAAGAGCUACGCCCAAGGCGUGUUAUUUUAAUAUUGUGAUAAUGUUUUGCAAGAAACUGAUAUGAAGCAUAUAAAUGUUAUAUUUUGAGAUUAAUGUAGGCAUUGUCUUAUAUGUUGAUUGCUGUAGCUUUCUAAAUACAUCAGGUUGGUAUUUGUGUCUACUUUUUGAUUUUAUGACUAUACUUAAGACUCGUUUUUUCCCACCAUUUUAUCCAUGUGUACUUAAGUUUUUUAAAGAUCCUGUUAGAAUUUCACAAAAUCCUUCUUUAGGGUAUAUGAGGAAUAUUAUGUCCUCCUUUCAAAUCUCUAGGUUCACAGGUUUAAGGCUGUGCGUUGUCUGUGUUAGUCAGUCACGAGACCUACUCUUUGGUAUUAUAAUAUAGCAUUUUUUGUAGUUAUUUUAUCAACUUUGCUAUAAAGGAGAAAUCUUGUCCUAAAACUUGAAAGUUUAACUACAAAAUCUUUAUUUUUUACAAAUCUUUAUCUAAUUCUGAGUUAUCAUUAUUGACAUAAUAUUUGUGAUAACAAUUAGGUACUGUUUAGUAUAGUAACUUCUUCAGCCUCGUUAUAUUUUUAUAAUUACGUACCUAACUACCUACC